AGCCUGAGGAUGAAGGCGAGGAAUAUAUAAUAGGCAAAAAUAUAAUUCAUAACAAUUUUUAUAACCAGAAUUUUAUAAAAAAGUUUCUUUUUGAAAAUAUCGAACGAAAGGAAAUUGAUUAUCUUAAGAGGGAUAAAAAAAAAAGGAGAAACAAUAAUAAAAAGUUUAUUGUUCAUUUAGUUCCGUCUAAGAAUUCUUCUUUUUAUAAUUUUCUUCAAAAAAAAAAAAAUGAUGUUUUAAAAAAAUUUGGAGAAGAUGAAACAUAUAAAUAUGAUAUACAUAUAAGUGUGACUGGAUAUUUUGGUUGUGAUAAUAUAAAUGUAUUUAUACAAACGUUAUAUCAUUUUAUGUUUCAAUAUUUAAAAUUAUAUUAUACAUUUAAAAAAGUUAUUUUUAGAAAUUUAUAUUAUCAUAUAUCUCUUCCUAACAAAGCUGAAGUAGAAUCAUUUAUUUUAAAAAAAGAGAAAAUAAAAUAUCAGAUUAAAACAGAAGAUAAAAUACAAAAUGUGAAUACAACCAUAUUUAAAAACCAAACUAAUCAUUAUUAUGAUGAGGAUCAAAAGUAUCCUCCAGGUUAUUCAAAUCAAAAGCAUCCUCCAGGUUAUUCAAAUCAAAAGCAUCCUCCAGGUUAUUCAAAUCAAAAGCAUCCUCCAGAUUAUUCAAAUCAAAAGCAUCCUCCAGAUUAUUCAAAUCAAAAGCACCACAUUGUAGAUAUUAGGAAAAAAGAUAUAACAUACACAAAAAAUAACGAAUCUGAAGAGUGUUUUCAAAACAAUCAUGUUCCUUGUAUUAAAGAAAAAAGAAAAAAAAAUACUCAUCCUACAGAACAUCAUGUUAUAACAACAAAUGAUGGUUAUGUUAUAGUCCCUAUACAUUGUGAGUGGUUAAAAAGGAUAUUAGAAAAUUUCUUUUUUAUAAUAAAAAAUAAUAAUAUCAUAUCCUAUAACACUAUUACAAAUGGUAUGUAUACUAUAAAUAACAGCACAUCGAAAGUUCAUGAUUCUAUUAAAAAAAAAAAUUUAACUUUUAAUAAGAAUAAAAAUAUCUUAUCCAAUGAUCCUUAUAAAUGUAAGUUAUUAUUACUAAGACGUGAGAAUUGUAAUGCUAAUAUAUCUUCAAACACAAAAUCGAAUAUGUUAACUUUAAAAAAAAAGAAAAAACAACAUGGUAGUACAACAUCCGUGGAUACAUCUAAUAUGGAUAAUACCUUAGAUAUUAUAUCAUCUUCAAGAAAAUGUGACAUUUUAAUUAAUCAAUAUUAUGAGCAUGACAAGUAUAAUAAUGAUAAAAAAGAUUGUAUUUAUGAUAAAAAAAAUUGUAUUGAUGAUAAAAAAGAUUGUAUUUAUGAUAAAAAAAAUUGUAUUUAUGAUAAAAAAGAUUGUAUUUAUGAUAAAAAAAAUUGUAUUGAUGAUGAACUUACUAUUACAUCUUUUGGAAAUAUAAAUCUCCAUUCGAACAAUCUUGUCGACCCGUCCGUGUUUAAUAAAACCAUUACCUCGAUUGAAGAUGAUUAUAUGAGGAACACCUUAAUAUGUAAUAAUAAGAACAGUAUAAAUAUAAUUAAUAAUAAUAAUAAUAAUAAUAAUAAUAAUAGUAACAAUAGUAAUAAUAAUAGUAAUAUUAAUGAAUGUUUAAGGGAUGCUAGUCAUAUGGAAAAUAACCUUAGUUGUAAUAAAAGUGAUAGUAGUGAUAAAACAAAUAAUUCAAAGAAAGAGAAAAGAAAAAAAAAAAGUAAUCCUAAUCAUAAUAAUAAAAGAACAGAUACACAAAGAAAAGAUACUUUGAAUAAUAUGAAAUACAAAUAUAAUAAUUUUAAAGUAAACGUUUCGGAUUUUAGAGUUAAGGACUGUAAUCAUAUAUCCUUAGCAUGUAAUAGAAAUAAUAAAUAUAUACAAAAAAAUAUUGCACAUAUGUAUAAAGAUUUGAAAUAUUAUUUUUUAAAUUGUUCAUGGGAUCUUGUUAUGUUUGAAUGUGAUGAAAAUGUUUUUCCUCAGACAAAUAAGCAAAAUAAAUUUUUAAACGAAAUUUUAAGGGUCAAAAAUUUUGCUGUCUCCUAG